AUGGAGGGCGAGGAUCGGGUCGAGCCCAUCGAGCACGUGGAGCCCGUCAAGGCAAUGGGCUUUCACCGUCUACCUGCGGUGCAGACGGUGCAACCACGACUGCCAGAGGCCCCACAAAAAGACGAUGCCGGGGCUAAAGGUGGGACGAAAAAGGAAAAUCCAGAAAGCAGCGUGCCCUUCGAUGCAGCAGCUAUGACCAGUGAAAUGUCACCGACUUUUCGUUUUUUCAUGGAAAAGUUGGCCCAUCAGCAUUUAGUCGAGCUGUCGUUGGCCCGCGGUCUGGCCUCGCCGAAAGUGUAUGGCAGCAAGGUGUCCAGCGGCAAAAUGUCACCCGACAACUCUGGUCAGGAAGGCUCACAAGUGGGAUCGCCUGCUUCGCUUCCAGAGGAACUCCAGGAGUCUGGCCGUCGAAAGCGGCGGAUCUCUCAACUGAUGUGUCAACAGCACAAGAAUGCCACCAAGGUGAAAGCAAGUAGGAUCAUGCAGACCUUCGAGGAUUUAGGCCCAAUCGAGCAGUCGGUUGAACUCGCAGCAGAGGCUCCCAAGAAGGAGACUGCGCUGGUCAAGCUGCAAGUUUUUUUGCAAUCUUCUUUCUACGAAAUGUUGGUGGCCGGCUUGCUUUGUGUUUAUGUCCUGUGGCUGGGUGUCGAGUUGCAAAUCUUCGGAGCGAAAAGUGGAUAUGAGCUUGGAGUUCUGGAAGGCACGUUGAUCCCCACAGCAAGCCUUGCGUAUUGGGACUCCGUUGUGUUUCCUGCCGUGGACCUCAUGUUCACAGUAGUCUUUACAGCGGACGUGGUAGUGCGCGUGGCCGUAUUGGGUAGGGCUUUCUGGAAGAUUGCCCUGAACUACAUCGAUGUCCUGGUGACCCUGGCUGCGUUCGCGGAACUGGUUUUCUUUUGGGCUUUCAGAACAGAGAUGGGCGUGAAUCCGAUGCUUUUUCGCUUGCUGCGAAUUGGCAAGUUAGCGCGAGCUAUUCGGAUGGUAGCUAUGAAUAGUGUGCUUCAGUCUUUGCAGAUCUUGACUCGCUGCCUGGCCUCCAGUACCACCAUGCUGUUCUGGACCUUUCUCUUGCUGACCUUCUUUCAAUGCGUUGCUGGUCUCGUGGCUUCUACGCUCUGUCGCGAUUUCAUUGAGGACACCACGCAGGAUGUGAAAGUGCGGGAAGAUGUCUACAGAUACUACGGAACGUUCACUCGCACAUUUCUGACGAUGUUUGAGAUACUGUUUGCGAAUUGGAGUCCGCCGUGCCGUGUGCUUGUGGACAACAUCAGCGAAUGGUUUUCCCUUUUCUUCCUGGUUUACAGGUGCAUCUUGGGUUUUGCAGUUCUGAAUGUUGUCAACUCAGUUUUUGUGCAGCAAACCAUGCGCAUAGCAACCAGCGAUGAGCAGCUGGCUUUCAAGAAGAAGGAGCAGGAACUCGCUUCUUACACUCGCAAGGUGAAGAACUUGUUCGCCACCAUGGAUCAGUCUGGGGAUGGGGUCAUCAACUUCGAAGAAUUUUCCAAACUGGUGCAAUCGCCAAUGCUUCAGUUCCUGUUGAGCCAGCUUGAUUUGGAGUACCACGACUUGCUCAGUUUGUUUGAGUUUCUCGACAACGGGGACGGUGAGAUCACCCUCUCGGAGCGACAGGGUUUCUGGUCGCGUGUUGCCAUGGAAGGCUUGGCCUUCCAGGCCAAAGCCUUUGGCUGCAGCGAGUUCAUCGAAGGAGCUGCGAAGCUCCGUGGCAGUGCCAAAGCCUUGGACAUUUGGCGAAUGGAAACGAAAAUCGAGGUCCUGUUGAGCGAGGUUCUUCAAGCGGUUGGAGGGAAAAUGAACGUGCAGGAGGCCUUUGAAGAGCAUGGCUUCCGGCAUGUGACCUUUUCCACCAACGCGGCACGACAUAGCAUAGCGCAACAUACCAAAAGCGGCGAAGGGAUCGAGCAGGGUCGCUUGGUGUUAAGAAGAGCGCGAGGAGCCUUCAAGGGAGAGAAGAAAGGGGUCGAAGUGACCCAGUUGCAGACCCGAGAGGACAGCCCAGCGGAGCUGCCUCCAGCGCUUGGCAUAGGUGUGGAGGAUUUGGCCGAUGACGUGGCUGAUGCCCUGGCCAACGACUUUGACGAAGUUUCCGAGGACGAGGACGCAACAUCGGACGAGGACGAACUUCUGAUGACACGGCAAAUUCAUCAACGACUGCCAAGGAUGACCCGGAGCUUCAAGAAAGCGCGGCUGCGCUGGUCAGAAGACGGCCGCAGAGUCUAUUUUGACGAUGAGGGUGAAGAGAUGGACCCCUUCAGAGGACUGAGUCGUGAAAGUUCCGCGAAGGCUGAUGGUAGUCCAAAGGCCCCUUGGGACAACGUUGGAACGUCAGUUGAGGUGGAGGUGGCCCCAGAGGGCUUGGAUCCGGAGCGACCCCGCGUCUUCAGCCUGACUUUUUCGGAACUGGGAUUUCGGAUUUCAGUCUUGACCCGACUGUUGAUGUUUGAAACGAUUCGGGAAACUACGGCGGAGGAGAAAACAAUCUUCGGUACGGAGAACCAAAGCUUUAGAGACUUGGGCAUUACCAAGUCAACUCUUUGUGAGGCCUUAGAUUCCCUAGGCUUCCAGCGCGCUACGAAGAUCCAGGAUCGACCGUUGGAUCCGCCGGAGGCUGCCAGCAUCCCUUCCGUUCUCUCGGAGGAUCGUCGUGCCGUGGUCAUUAGCUCCGAGACGGGCUCAGGAAAGACCUUGGCCUACUUAGUGCCAGCUUUCGAGCUCAUUCUCCGGGCACCUCCUCGUUUGGAAGGUGAUCGACAUCCCAACGUGCUGAUCCUUGUGCCAAGUUUGGAGCUGGGGGUGCAAGUGACGCUAGUGGCGCAGCAGAUUGCCCAGGCGAUUUUCAGCCUGGAGCGAAGACAGAUCCGCGUGAGCAACGCUCGGCGAAAUUGGCCGAGCGAGGUCCCCGACAUCCUCGUGUGCUCACCGCGAGCGGCUGCACAGGGUUUAGCUCCUUGCCAAAGUGAAGAUGAGAUGGCUCGAAAGCAAGCGCUGAAGCGAAUCAAAGACGUCGAGAUGGUGGUCUUUGAUGAAGCCGACCUUCUGCUCGACUACGGCAGUCAGAGCAGUGAUGUUCAGGCAUGGCUUGUGGUUGCUGCACUGGGCAACCGCAGUUGUGUGUUUUUGAUGGAUGUCAAUGUCACAAGAUUUGAGUUAUAUUAUAUAUAUAGCUUAUACUAUACCCAUGUUGCACAAGAGCAUAGCCUGUUUGAUGAUGAUUAA